GUUCCGGUGAGAGAGAGAGAGAGAGAACCCACAUGUGUACAUUUAUGCCACAUAGAAAAAGUUGAAAGAUUUAAAGAUAUCUAGCUAGUGUGAUUGUUCUUGAUCUCUUUGGGAUAUCUUCAUGACCAGGUCUAUUUGAUUUCUUAUAUCCAAUGGCGCGCGCGCGGCAAAGAACGACGAAUUCAUGUUGCAUGCAUACGGUAAUUGAGAUUUAAGGGGUGUGUCUCAAAAAACAAAAAUUUCCCUAGAUGCUCUUUUACAGUGAAAGAGAAUUUCUUCCGGCCACCACCUGUAGAAGACUUGGAUAUACAGGUCAAAAUAUUUGUAUUCAAAGAGAGAUCGACUUGUAACAUAUAUAUAUAUAUAUAUGAGAACAGGAGUACUAUCAUGAAGUUGUGAUGGGGGCAAGUUUGAAGUUAAGUUGCCAGCGCCAGGUUAUUGAACAGUGUUUGAUAUUAUUAUAAUGGCAGUGUCGUAGUCACCCUUUUUUUCUUGUAGCCCCAUUUAUUGCCCUUGUCUUUUGCUUUCCGUUCCUUCCCACUGAAAAUGCUCUUUGCCUCCCCUUUCUCUCAUCAUCCUUACCUUUUGUCACUGUAUUUGCAUCUCUCUCUCUCUCACUCUCUCUGACCUGCAACUAGCUAGGGUUUCCUCUUUCUUUGAACUCACAUCCAAUUGUAAAUUCCUAGGAAUUUUAAUUCCUCUCUAAAUGGCUGCAACUUCUUUUUCCUUGGGACUAUCAGAGAAUAGAUCUUGAAGGAGCUUGCACGAAGGGAAAAAAAGGUAAUAAUAUUCUUUUCUGAUCAAAGAAACCUAGGCAGAAAAGGUGAAGAUAUAUGGCAUCUUCCAGCUACUCCAAUUCCCCCUGUGCUGCCUGUAAGUUUUUAAGGAGAAAAUGCAUGCCAGAUUGCAUUUUUGCGCCAUAUUUUCCACCUGAAGAGCCGCAAAAAUUUGCCAAUGUUCACAAGAUAUUUGGCGCAAGCAAUGUUAGUAAGCUCCUCAACGAAGUCCUUCCCCAUCAGAGAGAGGAUGCAGUCAACUCUCUGGCCUAUGAAGCGGAGGCGCGGAUAAAAGAUCCAGUCUAUGGGUGUGUUGGAGCCAUCUCAGUCCUCCAAAGGCAUGUCCUUCGGCUCCAGAAGGAAUUGGAGGCCACAAAUGCAGACUUGAUGCGCUAUGCUUGCAAUGAUAUGCCUACAUCAACAACGUCGUCCCAGUUUGGAAGAAGGAUGGGUCAUGAAGGAGGUUCUUUUGGUCAAAGUUCUGGUUUGUAUUAUUCUUCUCCAUGGAAUAAUGAGCCUUAUGACCAGGAUAGCCAAGAGAGAGGAGGGGAAGGCAAUAUGUAAGAUUAAUUAAUUGUAUCAUUCUAUAUAUUUAAGUUUUUACCAUUUGGGGUUUCUCAUAGAAUUGGAAGGGGGAAUUAAUGUGUAUCAUGGUAUAACAUGGGUGAAUAGAAUAUGGGGGGUAUCACUGAAUGCUACCAAACUUCUCAAUUGAAAAAGUUAUCAACUUAAAUAUGCAGAUAUGAGAUUCUGCUGUUGCAUAUGGGAAUAUUUCUAAGUAAAGCUUUUGAAGAGCGUGGUUCUAAGCUUAAUUAA